CUCAUACCUCUCUAUUUAUAAAGUCUAUACUCUGCCACCCAUUGCCUCCGACACACAUAAUUUUAACACCAACACCACUCAUCAUGUCCCACCAUCCCGAUCCCACCGCAUUCCGCGUCCACGACACGCGCUUCCUCUCCCUCCUCGGCCCAACACCUACAUCGACCCUCCUCUUCGAAAACAAAACCUAUCCCUUCGCCCACGAAGCAGGGAUCUACCUCCCCAGCGCCAACCAACUAAUCGUCACCAGCAACCGGCUCCACUCAGACGAAGCCGAUCCCUCCCCGCGCCAAAAAGUCCUCAUCACGCGCGUAAACCUAUCCACACCUGUGUCAUGCGAAGAACUCCCCACCUCCAUCCCCAUGGCCAAUGGCGGCGUGAACGCGGCUAGCGGCGACGACUCCGUCCUGAUCUGCGGCCAGGGGUCGCUUAACGCCGACGCCGAUGCCGCGAGCGGGAUCUACAAGCUGUCGUUGACGCCGCCGUACAGGGCCCAGCUGCUAGUGGGUUCGUUCCACGACCGGCCGUUUAACUCGGUCAAUGAUGUUGUCGUGCAUAGUGAUGGGUCGGUGUGGUUCACAGAUCCGACGUAUGGCUUCGAGCAGGGGUAUCGGGGGCCGCCGAGAUUGCCGAGUCAGGUGUAUAGAUGGUGUCCUCCGUCUUCGUCUGGGUCUGAGUCGGGUGUGGAAGGAAAAGGUAGUAUUCGAGCGAUGGCGGAUGGAUUCGGCAAGCCGAAUGGGAUCUGUUUCUCGCCGGAUGAGAAGACGGUGUAUGUGACGGAUACGGAGUGGUUGGGGGGCGAUGGGUCGGUGGAUGAUGCGAGGGUUUCGUCGAUUUACGCAUUCGAUGUCUCGAUCUACCAUGGGGAACCGUUCCUCACGAACCGUCGACUCUUCGCGAUGGCGGACAAGGGCAUUCCCGAUGGCAUCAAAUGCGAUCAGGAUGGAAACGUGUAUAGUGGGUGCGGCGACGGGAUCAAUGUCUGGUCGCCGGGCGGAGUGUUGCUGGGACGGAUUCUGCUGGAAGGAGGAGUGGCGAACUUUUGCUUUGGGAGAAACGGCGAGAUAUUCGCGUUGAAUGAGCAUCGCUUGUGGAAGGUGCAAUUGGGAGGACAUGUUCGGGGUGCGUUGUUGGGGAUCUAAGAAUGCGUUCAUUUGAAAGGAUUAUCGAACUUCGCUGAGCUGGGGUAGGAUUGUUUCCCGAGGUCGUGGUUAUGUAUGUAAGAAAGUUGAACUGAUAUCCGAACUAUCCUCAUUCUCGU